AUGAAUGGCAACUCUUCCACCGCCGGGAAACCAAUUCGAUGCAAAGCUGCAAUUUGUCGAAAAGCAGGCGAUCGCCUUGUAAUAGAGGAGGUAAUAGUUGCUCCCCCAAGCCGCCAUGAACUUCGUAUUAAAAUCAUAUGCACUGCACUCUGCCAAAGCGACGUCAUUUUCUCGAAACUCGUGGAUCCUCCCGCCAUCUACCCCAGAAUCCUUGGCCAUGAAGCGAUUGGGGUGGUGGAGAGCAUCGGCGAGGACGUGACCGGAGUCAAGCCAGGGGACACGGUCAUCCCGACGUUCAUGUCGGACUGCGGUGACUGCGCCGACUGCCACUCCGAGAAGAGCAACCUCUGCUCCACGCUGCCGUUCAACAUAACGCCGUACAUGCCCAGAGAGGACAAAACGAGGUUCACGGACCUAAACGGCAACCCGCUGUACCACUUGUUCUACAUCUCCAGCUUCUCCGAGUACACCGUCGUCGACAAAAACUACUUCGUCAAAAUCGACCCUUCUUUCCCUCCCGACCGCGCCUGCCUCCUCAGCUGCGGCGUCGCCACCGGUGUGGGUGCGGCGUGGAGAACGGCUGAGGUGGAGCCGGGGACGACUGUCGCAGUGUUUGGGCUGGGCACUAUUGGUUUAGCGGCUGCAGAAGGAGCAAGGCUGUGUGGUGCCAAGAGAAUCAUAGGAGUGGAUGUGAACCCAGACAAGUUCGAAAUGGGUAAGAAGUUCGGGCUGACGGACUUCGUGAACCCGAAGACCUGCGGUGACAAAUCGGUGAGCGAGGUGAUCUUGGAGAUGACAAAUGGAGGAGCAGAUUACUGCUUCGAAUGCGUGGGGAUGGCAUCGUUGGUCGAGGAAGCAUUUGCCUGCUGCCGUCAUGGUUGGGGAAAGACAGUUGUUUUGGGAGUGGACAAGCCAGGGACGCCGUUGAAAUUUAGCUCAACCGAUGUGCUCAGAGGCCAUAAGAUCCUGACCGGUGCUUUGUAUGGCGGUCUCAAGGCCAAGCGAGACGUUCCCAUCUUGUGUAAACGUUAUCUCGAUAAGGAGCUGCAACUGGACGAGUUUGUGACUCAUUCAGUAAAGUUUGAAGAGAUCAACAAAGCAUUUGAUCUGUUGGAAGAGGGAAAAUCACUGAGAUGUGUGAUUUGGAUGGAUAAAUGA